AUGGCUAGCUUGCUGUCCAAGACUUUGUCUGAGGUCCAUCCGACCCUUCGAACGAAUGGUAUGGGUAUCGGGAAUACUCACCGGCGUAUAUCGCUGGGAUUCUUUCCAGUCAAUAAGAAGAACCCAUUGGUGAGGAAGUACAGGAAGAAACAUGCCAAGGCUGACCAGCGAAGUUACCUUUCUUUGGGCGACGAUUUUGGAAGCAGCGUUCGAGAGCCGAACUUGCAUCUGAGAGAUAUAAUCGAUGAAGAAGAUUUGACUUAUCAGGAGGACGGAGGAGAGCUCAGCAGAACGAUUUCCCUUCCUUCGAGAGUCUCAGAGACGCUGGACGCCUCUUCCCCUGAUCUAGACUGGAUUCUGCAAGAGCAUGAAAGGAGAUACUCAUCGGCGUAUAGCUCGGAAACUGAAGAACAGGAAGAUCAGAAUAGUGUUAGUCCGUACUACAGCAGGGAGCUUGAAUAUGAAGAGUUUAUGCGACGGUUACAAGCUCAGAAAGCGGCCGCAGAACAGGAACGAACCCGACACCUGCGAAGGCCUUCAUAUGUCUCUGUAACGAGCCGGGGCAGCAUCCCAAUGAUUUACCAGCGGUAUCGUAGCGAAGAUUCAGCGGACUACGAAGAUUUCGCUCACGAGACCGUGACCGUCAAAUCCGAGGCAAAAGUGCUUGCUAGUUAUUCGAUCCCUUUGAUGAUUACUUUUCUACUCGAGCAGAUCUUUCCGAUGGUUUGCUCCUUGACGGUGGGCCAUCUAGGUAAAAGUGAGCUGGCCGCAGUGUCGCUCGCAUCUAUGACUUCUAACAUCACGCUGGCCAUUUUCGCAGGGAUCGCCACAAGUCUUGAUACUCUGUGUCCGCAGGCGUACGGAUCUGGUCGCUACUGCAGUGUUGGUGUCCACUUACAAAGAUGUAUAGCAUUUUCCAUGGUGAUAUACAUUCCAUUUGCGUUCUUCUGGUUUAAAUCUGAGUAUUUUCUGGCACUUGUGGUACCCGAAAAGGAAUUAGUCGCUCUAACUGCCAAAUUCCUGAGAGUGCUCAUCUUAGGGGCUCCCGCAUACAUCUUAUUCGAGAAUCUCAAGAGGUUUUUACAAGCUCAAGGCAUUUUCGAUGCGGGAAUCUACGUGCUGGCCAUCUGCGCGCCUUCUAACGUCUUUGUUAGCUAUACAUUGGUCUGGAACAAGUACAUUGGCGUGGGUUUCAUUGGUUCUGCAAUAGCCGUCGUGAUCAAUUUCUGGCUGAUGUUUAUCCUGCUAUUGCUCUACACAAUUUUCAUUAAUGGGAAGAAGUGCUGGGGUGGGUUUACCAAGAAGGCUCUCACCCAUUGGAGAGACUUGAGCCACUUAGCCAUCUCUGGAAUCGUAAUGCUUGAGGCCGAGGAGCUUUCGUAUGAAAUCUUGACUCUUUUCAGUGCCUAUUUCGGUACCAGUUACUUGGCCGCGCAGUCAACAGCUUCGACGAUGUCAGCUCUUCUCUACAUGGUUCCGUUCGCGAUCGGAAUCGCCACGUCGACUAGAAUCGCAAAUUUCAUAGGCUCCAAAAGACCUGAGUGUGCUCACCUGUCUUCCAAGAUUGGUAUUGGUUAUUCGGCCGUCGGAGGACUGAUCAACUGCUGCAUAUUAAUCUUUGGUCGCCGGCCUAUUGCCAAUUUAUUCUCCAGAGAUGAAGAAGUUAUCUCUCUAAUUAUCGAAAUUUUACCGUUGGUAGGCAUCGUCCAGAAUUUCGACGCACUCAAUGCUGUGGCCGGAGCAUGUUUAAGAGGCCAAGGGAUGCAAGCACUCGGUAGCAUUGUGAAUUUAGUGGUUUAUUACUUGUUUGCUAUUCCGCUGGCUCUCAUCUUGAGCCAUGUCCUUGGCUGGAAAUUGUAUGGUUUAUGGAUUGGGAUCGGUUUUGGUAUGCUUGCGAUCGGUGUUAUCGAGGCCUACUAUGUGCUCUUCCCGAACUGGGACGCCAUAAUGAAUUAUGCAGAAGUCCUCAAGGAGACUGAAGAGGACGAGGAUUCCGACGCCAACAGCUAUUUCACUGAUUCUGACGAUGAUCCGGACGAAGAGACCCAUCUUCUUGCCAGCUAA